AAACACGCUAUGUCAGACGAAUACGCGGCGGACCCAUACGGAUACGAUGAGGGAUUAGAAAUCACGCCAGAAGAUUGUUGGACGGUCAUUUCCGCCUUCUUCAACGAAAAGGGGUUGGUAUCGCAGCAAUUAGACUCGUUUGAUGAGUUUAUCGAGAGCACCAUCCAGGAAUUGGUCUGGGAAGACUCCAAGUUGAUUUUGGACCAGCCGGCGCAGCACAUCGACGUGAAUGACAACAUCAAUAGACGUUUCGAGAUCAACUUUGGAAAGAUUUUCCUUUCUCGUCCGUUGCAGACCGAGGCGGACGGUUCCACCAACCCCAUUUUCCCCCAGGAAGCUAGACUCCGUAACCUUACCUAUGCCUCGGCGUUGUACGUUGAGAUGAGCAAAAAAGUGUUGACCUCCAUAGACCACGAAAACCAGCCGGUUAAGGAAGAAGACUGGACGCAGGAGGAUGUCAAGGAAGACAACGACGACCCGAUCAAGCGUGUCUUUAUCGGUAAGGUUCCUAUCAUGUUGAGAUCCAAGUUCUGUAUGUUGCGUGACUUGAACGAGUACGAGUUCUACGACUUGAAGGAGUGUCCAUACGAUAUGGGUGGGUACUUUAUCAUCAACGGUUCUGAGAAGGUUUUGAUCGCUCAGGAGCGUUCCGCUGCCAAUAUCGUGCAAGUUUUCAAGAAGGCUGCGCCAUCUCCGAUUUCCCACAUUGCUGAGAUCCGCUCGGCGAUCGAAAAGGGGUCGAGAUUGAUUUCUUCCAUGCAGAUCAAGUUGUACGGUAGGGAGGACAAGGGUACCGGGAGAUCCAUCAAGGCUACGCUUCCGUACGUCAAACAAGACGUUCCGAUCGUCAUUGUUUUCAGAGCCCUCGGGAUUGUGCCCGAUGGUGACAUCUUGGAGCAUAUUUGUUACGACCAGAACGAUUGGCAGAUGUUGGAGAUGUUGAAACCGUGCGUGGAAGAGGGCUUUGUGAUCCAAGACCGUGAAGUUGCACUCGAUUUCAUCGGUCGCCGUGGGUCUGCGUUGGGUAUCAGAAGAGAAAAGAGAAUCCAGUAUGCGAAGGACAUCUUGACCAAGGAGUUGUUGCCACACAUCACCCAGGAGGAGGGGUUUGAAAACAGAAAGGCGUUCUUCUUGGGGUACAUGGUUAACCGUUUGUUGUUGUGUGCGUUGGAGAGAAAGGAGGCUGACGAUCGUGACCAUUUCGGUAAGAAGAGAUUGGAUUUGGCCGGUCCGUUGUUGGCCAACUUGUUUAGAAUCUUGUUCAGAAAGUUGUCGCGUGACAUCUACAGACACAUGCAGAAGUGUGUGGAGACGAACAAGGAGUUCCACCUUACUUUGGCGGUCAAGUCCACGACCAUCACCUCCGGUUUGAAGUACUCUUUGGCUACCGGUAACUGGGGUGAGCAGAAGAAGGCCAUGUCCUCCAGAGCCGGUGUUUCCCAGGUUUUGAACCGUUACACAUACACAUCUACCUUGUCGCAUUUGAGAAGAACCAACACCCCGAUCGGCAGAGACGGUAAGAUCGCCAAGCCUAGACAGUUGCACAACACCCAUUGGGGUCUCGUGUGUCCGGCCGAAACCCCGGAAGGGCAGGCCUGUGGUUUGGUCAAGAACCUUUCGUUAAUGACGUGUAUCUCGGUUGGUACCACCUCCGAGCCUAUUAUCUAUUUCUUGGAAGAGUGGGGUAUGGAACCGUUAGAAGACUACGUUGCCCACCACUCGCCGGACUCUACCAGAGUGUUCGUUAAUGGUGUGUGGGUCGGUACCCACAGAGAGCCAGCCAUGUUGGUGAACACCAUGAGAAGCUUGAGAAGAAAGGGUGAUAUUUCCCCGGAAGUGUCGAUCAUCAGAGACAUCAGAGAGAAGGAGUUUAAGAUUUUCACUGAUGCGGGUAGAAUCUACAGACCGUUAUUUGUGGUUGAGGAUGACGAUGAAAUGCCAGAUAAGGGCCAGCUUAAGCUCACUAAGAGCCAGGUUAACCAAUUGCUCGAACCAGCCAAGGAGUCUGAUGAUGUUGACAUGGAAGAGCAGAAGUACGGCUGGGAUGACUUGUUAAACUCGGGUGUCGUGGAGUAUGUUGACGCCGAGGAAGAGGAAACUAUCAUGAUUGCCAUGACGCCUGAAGACUUGGACAGCGCGAGGGCUGAGAUUACCGAAGCGGAGGAAUUGGACCCGGCCAAGAGAAUCAAGCCUGCGUUUAACCCAAACACCCACACCUUCACCCACUGUGAAAUCCAUCCUUCGAUGAUCUUGGGUGUGGCCGCCUCCAUUAUUCCGUUCCCGGAUCACAACCAGUCGCCACGUAAUACGUAUCAGUCCGCCAUGGGUAAGCAAGCCAUGGGGGUGUUUGCCACUAACUACAGUGUCAGAAUGGACACGAUGGCCAAUAUUUUGUACUACCCGCAAAAACCGCUUGCCACCACCAGAUCUAUGGAGUUCUUGAAGUUCAGAGAAUUGCCGGCCGGGCAGAAUGCCGUGGUUGCUAUUGCCUGUUACUCUGGUUACAACCAGGAAGAUUCCAUGAUUAUGAACCAGUCGUCCAUCGACAGAGGGUUGUUCCGUUCCUUGUUCUUCCGUACCUACAUGGACAAGGAAACCAGGGUCGGUAUUUCUGUUGUCGAAGAGUUUGAGAAGCCUUUGCGGUCAAACACCCUUCGCUUGAAGCACGGUACGUACGAGAAGUUGGACGAGGAGGAUGGUUUAGUUGCUCCGGGCGUUAGAGUUUCCGGUGAGGAUAUCAUCAUCGGUAAGACCACUCCUAUUUCCCCAGACGCCGAAGAAUUGGGGCAGAGAACCAAGUACCACACCAAGCGUGAUGCUUCCACCCCGUUGAGAUCUACCGAGAGUGGUAUCGUUGACCAGGUAGUGUUGACCACCAACGGUGACGGUGCCAAGUUUGUCAAGGUGAGGAUGAGAACCACCAAGACCCCACAGAUUGGUGACAAGUUCGCCUCUCGUCACGGUCAGAAGGGUACCAUCGGUGUGACCUACAGACACGAGGACAUGCCGUUCUCGUCGGAGGGUAUUGUCCCUGAUUUGAUCAUUAACCCCCACGCCAUUCCUUCCCGUAUGACUGUUGCGCAUUUGAUCGAGUGUUUGUUGUCCAAGGUCUCUGCCUUGAGAGGCUACGAAGGUGAUGCUUCGCCGUUCACCGAUGUCACCGUCGAGGCUGUAUCCAAGCUUUUAAGAGAGAGUGGCUACCAGUCCAGAGGGUUUGAGGUUAUGUACAACGGCCACACCGGUAAAAAAAUGAUGGCGCAGGUCUUUUUCGGCCCUACAUACUACCAGAGAUUGAGACACAUGGUUGACGACAAGAUUCACGCGAGAGCCCGUGGGCCAGUGCAGAUUUUGACCAGACAGCCGGUCGAAGGUAGAUCCAGAGAUGGUGGGUUGAGAUUCGGUGAAAUGGAGCGUGAUUGUAUGAUUGCACAUGGUGCCGCCGGUUUCUUGAAAGAGAGAUUGAUGGAGGCUUCGGAUGCCUUCAGAGUGCACGUGUGUGGUGUUUGUGGGUUGAUGAGUGUUAUCGCCAACUUGAAGAAGAACCAGUUCGAGUGCCGUUCUUGUAAGAACAAGACCAACAUUUAUCAGAUCCAUAUUCCUUACGCCGCAAAGUUGUUGUUCCAGGAGUUGAUGGCUAUGAACAUUGCUCCAAGGUUAUACACUGAGAGUUCGGGUGUGUCGGUGCGUGUUUAAUGUGGCUAUUCCUGUGAAAACUCAAAAACUCCUAGACAGCCACCCCGGGGGUGAGCUUAUCUUGCGUAUUGUAUAAUUAGAAUUUUUAACAAAAUCCAAAAAUAAAAAAAAAAA